UAUUAUAAAAACUUGACGAGAGAUCAAUACGCAGACUUUAAAAGCAAAAUGGAAAACAUCCAAUUUACAAUAAGUGCUGAAAGUAAUUACUUACAUAAACCAAUUGGGGGCAUUUUCAUGACAAACCGCAUGUGUGUUGUAUACCAAACAGUCGACGAAAUCCCACUGAGAGAGUUUUUGAAAAAAGAUAAUGUCAACACAUUGGUCAAAUUUUCAUUGAUGAGAGAUGUCGCAAAAGCACUUGAAGAGUUACACAACAACAAUAUGAUAUGUGGAAACUUAAAAGUAGGAAAUGUGCUGAUCACACGAGGCGAGGACGAAGACGGAAAUGAAACAUUUAAAGCAAAGUUAGUGGACUAUGGCGAUACCAGAAGUGUCAUGUGGGCGACUCAAAACCUCGUAAGAGCUUACGACGUGUUCUCACCAAAAUACAUCCCACCCGAAACAUUGAUUCAAAGAACUUACACACAAAAAUCGGAUAUGUACUCCUUUGGAAUGUUACUCGUGCAAGUCUUAAUUUCUACGAAAUAUUUCAAACCAGACGAAGACGACAUUGGAUACCCUGAAGAAGAAGUUCGAGACGAUCAUGGGUGUGUACUAAUACCUCAAAAUAUAUUACCAUGGGUAGUCACUAAAGCGGUGAUCGGUGGAAACAAACCAGUCUUUGAAAUGAGAAAGAACUUUAAGUUGCAAGAACUCGUAUCAAAGUGUUGUGCAAUGAACCCUAACGACAGAGUCACAGCAAGUACAGCAGCUACCGAAAUGGAAAGUAUUUUGGCCGACGAAGUAGAAAAGGAUAAAAAGAACGUUUAA